CGGACGGGAGGCUGGCCAGAGCAGGGGACAGACAGGGCCUCUCGAGACAGACGGACAGGCGGCUGCAGUGGGGACAAGAGCGGGGGCCCAGGGACCAACAGACGGGCAGGGAGACCCCGAGACCUUGGGCGCUCGGACUCGGGCUGGACCAGGCCAGGGAGGUGCGGGGAGGCGGGGCGGCUGCUCAGGGCAGUCUCCCGGCCCAGACGCGGGGGGACACGGAAGUGGGCCCCGCAGACCAGCCCCCUGGCCUGGGCUCCGCUCAGAGCUGCAGCAGGGCUCGGUGGGCGGGUGGUUUUUCGGGGAGCCCAGACCAGGGGUGCUGGCCCGACCCUGAGAUGGAGCUCAGGGACCCUGUGAAGCAGGAAGAUGGGGACCCGGAGGAGGACACAGCCACGGCCCUGCAGAGGCUUGUGGACCUGACGGCAGCCAGGGUGACCCCCGUGCGGAGUCUGCGAGCCCGGUACCGCCUCAUCCGAAGGCUCGGCUCCGGCUCCUACGGCCAUGUGCUGCUUGCCCGGCCUCGCCAAGGGGGUCGGGCCGUGGCUCUGAAGCUCCUCCCGCGGGCCUCGGUCUUCAGAACCACCUUCCUGAGAGAGUUCUGUGUGGGCCGCUGUGUGUCGUCACAUCCAGGCCUGCUCCAGACGCUGGCGGGACCGCUGGAGACCCCGCGACACUUCGUCUUCGCCCAGGAGUACGCGCCCUGUGGGGACCUCAGCGGGAUGCUGCAGGAACGGGGCCUCCCAGAGCUACUGGUGAAGCGGGUGGUGGCCCAGCUCGCUGGAGCCCUGGACUUCCUCCACGGCCGGGGGCUAGUGCACGCGGACGUGAAGCCCGACAACGUGCUGGUCUUCGACCCUGUGUGUAGCCGUGUGGCCCUGGGGGACCUGGGUCUAACCCGGCCCGAGGGCAGCCCCACCCCGGCACCCCCAGGGCCCCUGCCCUCUGCGCCCCCCGAGCUCUGCGUCCUGCUGCCCCCCGACACCCUGCCCCUGCGGCCUGCCCUGGACUCCUGGGGGCUGGGCGUGCUUCUCUUCUGCGCGGCCACCGCCUGCUUCCCCUGGGACGUGGCACUGGCCCCUGACCCUGACUUCGAGGUCUUUGCAGGCUGGAUGACCACCAGGCCCCAGCCGCCUCAGCCGCCACCCCCCUGGGACCAGUUUGCGCCCCCUGCUCUGGCCCUGUUCCAGCGGCUCCUGGAUCUGGAUCCUGAGACCAGGAGCCCCCCACUGGUGGUCCUGGACUUCCUAGGAGAUGACUGGGGGUUAAAGGGGAACAAAGAGAGAGCUGGGGGCUUGGGGAGCAUGUCCAGCGAGAGUGGGGAGGAGGAGGAAGAAGAAGGGGCAGCAAGCCUGGAAGAGUGGUCAGAGGAGGAGGACAGUGACAGCGGGGGGAGGACGGGCACAGAUGAGGGAGAGCCCUGACCAGGUGACCAGGACAGGUGGCCGGAGGCCGGGCCAGAGGCCCCGCCCCCAGAGCCCACGGCCACCUGCAGGAAGACAGCUGUGCCCUGGAGAACUGAGAGCGCCCUGCGCCUCUCCCAACUGAAGGCUGCGCUCAGACGCACGACUCCCCUCCCAGCUGACGACCCAGGGGUCUGGAGCCCUCAGACCCGGGGGUCCAGACCCCCCAGCCCCGCCUCCCUCAGACCCGGGGGUCCAGACCCCCCAGCCCCGCCUUCCUCAGACCCGGGGGUCCAGGCCCCCAUCCCUUCCCCCCUUAGACCAGGAGUCCAGGCCAUCAGCCCCUCACCCUUCAGACCCGGGGGUCCAGGCCCCCGGCCCCUCCUCCCUCAAGGACCCUCCCUCUCCCUUCUGUUCUGUCGCGUCUUCCUGAGAGGAGGUGCCAUGUCUCCCGCACAUGCGUUUCUGCCCCGUGGGGACAUGUUCAGUGCCUGUGGACCUCUGAGGGUCACUCCUCUCGUCUAAGACCUUAGCGGAUGCCCGCUGACUACAGCUUUCCAGAUUCAAUACCGUGGAGCCCUCACCUGCCAUCUCUUCUACUUUCCUGGGCUCUGAGAGACUUUACAGGAGUCACUCAUCCUUUCUGGACCUAAAUCGACAUACAUGCACACACAGGCACACAUGUCCACAGAUGCACAAAUGCACAGGUGUGCAUGCACACACAAACACGUGCAUACGUGUGGGCACGUGAGCACGUAAUGCGCACACAUGCAUACACACAUACUCACUCUUUCUCCAGCCUACAGACUUUUGCGCACCCAGCAUUCUCCUCCGAGAGUGUCUCCUUUCCAGUUCCAGGCCUCCGGGAAGCAGAGCCCCCGGGGGCCGCUCCCGCUCGCCUGGAGUCGGCGGUGCAGUGACCUGUGCCCCCACUUCACAUCUCCCCUCUCGGGCCAUCUGGGAUGCACCUGGUCCUUCUCACCUGCGCAUCCUUCCGGGUUCUCCUCCUGUCCCGAGAGUCUGCUGGGCCAGCUCCCCGAGACCACGCAGUCCCGUCCACAGCGAGGGCCACGACUGGUCUGCAAGGACCUCUGCCAGACCCCUGGCUGGCCCCAUGCACCCCCCACAGCCCAGUACACAGACCCGCAGGCAGCGGGUGGCACUGGACCCAAGGCAGCGUCCCCUGCACCCAGCACAGUCACGGCUGCUUUUGGAAGCCUGAUCUGAAUGCUUCCUAGAUUCAACCAUGUGAGCUCCCCACGUACAACGGGCUGUCUGGGACUGGAUCCCGGGACAAAUAAAGGCUGCUGUGGACCUGGGACCAGUCUACCAUUUGACUGACAGUUCCUAUCUUCCUUUGGACAAAUGGAUGUGUGAUCGGUGAGGACUCACCUGGUGGGGAGCUGGGAGAGGGGACGUGGGAGCUCAAAGCAGCUGUCUUGUGCAUCCAGAAAUGAUUCUGGGAUAUGGGACUUCCCUGGAGGUCCAGAGGUCCGCCUCCCAACACAGGAGGUGAAGGUUCAAUCCCUGGUUGGGGAGCAAAGAUCCUGCAUGCCUCAGAGCCAAAAAACCAACACGUGAAACAGAA